CCCACACCGUCUUCGCUUGCUAAAUACCAGGCCUUGAGGUGCAGUGUGGAGCAUGUAGCCCCAAACACUGAAGAGUUUUCUACCAUUGAGGAACUUCUGAUGCAUAGGAAUGAAAGUCUGACUUCAGUGAGGAUCCAUCAGAUAUUCCGCAUUGGCAGAGUGAAUGAGAUGUUAGACUUCCAGAGCCAGCUUGGCAAUGUCCAGCCACUGUUCCACGCCUCCUCUGCUAGCAGCUUCGUUGGUAUUCUGUCCAGGGGGCUUCUUUUGCCAAAAGUUGCGGUUGAACAGCAUGGCAUUGAUAGGACGGAUAUUGGUAACCUUGGAUGUGGCAUUUACUUCAGCAAUGCAUUGGGCACAGUUAUCAAGUAUUCAAAGCCUAGUGAAAGCGACGGCACGCGGCUCCUGGUGGUUUGUGACAUCGCUCUCGGCGAGUGCAAGCACCUGCACAAGAAAGAUUUCACCUUGGCAUCUGCGCCAGCCGGGUACAGCAGUGUGCUCGGAGUGCGUCGGACUGCAGACAUCGCCUCUGACUUUGAGGAUGAUGAGUAUGUCGUAUACAACCCCAGCCAGGUUCAAAUAAAGUAUGUUGUCCAGUUCUGCGUGGGAGACGAUCAGGUGAAGAGUUUUCAGCCCACUGUUAAUGUUACCAAUGAAGAAGAACCAGCAGGUCUGUCAGACACCCCAGCAGUGACUGAAGCCGAUUCCGAUGAGGAAUACACAAACCCUUUGGACUCUUUAACAGAGGGUCUCCAGGACAGCUCUGGGAAUAAGAUCCCCCUGAAAAGUGUUCAUGUGAAGGGCCGAAUGGUAGAUCUUUUAGCACAGAUUAUUGUCUUUCAAACAUACACUAAUCACAGUGUGGUUCCGAUAGAGGCCAAGUAUGUCUUUCCUUUGGAUGAAAAGGCAGCUGUAUGUGGGUUUGAAGCUUUUAUUAAUGGAAAACAUGUAGUGGGGGAGGUGAAGGAAAAGGAGAAAGCACGACGAGAGUACAGGCGGGCGAUUCAGGAGGGGCACGGGGCCUACCUCAUGGAUCAAGAAGCUCCAGAUGUUUUUACGAUUAGUGUUGGAAACCUUCCUCAAAGUGCCACUGUCCUGAUUAAAAUCACCUAUGUGACUGAGCUUGCUAUUGAAUUUGGAUCUAUAGUCUUCCGGCUGCCUGGCAGUGUGGCUCCGUGGCAACAGAGCAGAGCACUGAACGAGAGGACACAGGACACAGUAGAGAAGAUCUGUGUGAAUGAAAUGGAGGAAACCGGUGGAUUUGCCUUGGACAUGUCGGUUGAAAUGCCACAUGAGAUCACACGCAUUUGGUCUGGAACCCACAAAAUCAAACUCAAGAAAACUCAAUGUAAAGCAGUUGUAGUCACGGAAGAGAACAGCUCUUUAGGACCGGCUGGAUUCAGCCUCACUAUUGACUUGUCUGAAGUGUACCUGCCCAGGAUGUGGGUUGAGAAGCACCCAGACAAAGACAGCCAGGCUUGCAUGUUGGUGUUUUGCCCAGAGUUUGCUCCUGGUAGUUUUCCAGAGGACUGUGAGGUUGUGAUUUUCUUGGACAGUUCCAGUUCCAUGAGGGGGUCAGUGCUGCAGGAAGCCAGACAGAUUGCUCUGCGGGUGCUUAGUGCUCUGCAUUGCAAGAUCAAUGUUCUUGUAUUUGGUACAGACUAUAAGGAAUUGUUCCCCUGUCCACAAGAUGAUGUCUUGGAAGCUGCUAAGCAGUUUAUAAUGUUUUCACCACCAUUAAUGGGCAACACUGACCUUUGGAGACCUUUACGCAGUUUAAGUUUGCUGGCUCCUUCUAAAGGCAUCCGUAACAUCCUUUUAAUUUCGGACGGACACAUUCAGAGUGAGGGUUUGACCCUGCGACUCGUGAAAGAGAACGCCCAUCAUACCAGGAUUUUCACUUGUGGGGUUGGCCAUACAGCAAAUCGACACAUGUUGAGAUCCUUGGCACAGUCUGGAGGUGGAGCUUAUGAGUUUUUUGACAUAAAAACGAAACACAACUGGAGAGAAAAGAUUGCCUUGCAGGUGAUGCGGAUGGUCUCUCCGAGCUGCAGCUCUGUCUCUGUGAAGUGGCAGCAGUUCAGCCCCAAUGCCUCCCAGCCUGUCCAGGCCCCUGCACAGCUGCACUCUGUAUUUAGCGGCAAUCAGCUUCUUGUUUACGGAUUUGUGCCUCACUGUACACAGGCCGCUCUGUCUGGUGUGGUCAACAAUCAGGAGAUUCAGACAAUGGUUUCAACCACUGAGCUCCAGAAGACUAAAGGGACAAUGCUUCACAAGCUCACAGCAAGAGCCAUCAUCAGAGAUUAUGAAUACGGAAAUCUGCAUACAGAUGAAACGGAACAUGAGGUAAGAAAAGCAGAACUGAAGUCCUUUGUCAUUGAGCUUAGCAAGGCAUACUCCAUUGUGACUCAAUAUACAAGCUUUGUUGCAAUUGAAAAAAGGGGUGAGAAUGAAACAGAAGGGAUUGAUGCAGUGACUACAGAUGAACGGAUUGCAGAAGAGGAUGUGGACUUCUUGUCUUAUUUAACAUGGGAAAGAGCAGAGGACGACUGUGGAGGGUCCUUGGAUGGCUUGUGUGGUGACAUCAGACAGACAACAGUUUUGGAAGAAGAAUUGUGCCUCUGUAGCAGCCAGGAUGUUCCCACGUCAGAUUGUAUGUGGAAAGAAGAAGGAGGAGGUGCUGUUGAACUUGAGACAGGUUUAUGGAGGGAUCCUAAACACCACGACGCCUUUGCGCAGCAGAGUUUUCCAGGCCCUGAACCCAUUCCCCAAGUACCAGGUGGUCUUCCAGUGCCAUUGUUCACCUAUCAAGCUGCCGGAUGUCUAAAGAUGUGUUCCUCUCCUCCUCCUCCUCCUCCUCCUCGUCUCUGCUACAGCAAGACUAUUCCUGAAGAUUUUGCACAUUCUGCUGUUACAGGAAUAGAAAGAACACAGAACACAGUUUCAGCUCCUGUUGUUUUCAGCUCCUCUAGUCCUGUUGGUAGAGGACCUGCCUUGGAAAUGACUGAAAGCAGUGGCUAUACUCAACCUUUCUCAGGCUUUGGCUUUGGACAGCAACUUCCUUCCAAUCCCUAUUCAGAAUUUUCCAAGGGCGCUUUUAGGUUUGGUAGCUGCAGUGCUUUUGGUAAUACUCCUGCAGUUUCAGCUCCUGCAAAUGCAACUUUAGUCAGCGGAUCAGGCAUUAAAUCGGGCAAAAAUAUCUUUGGUCAGCCAGCGAGUAGUUUUGCAUUCUCCAGUGGCAGGAUGUUUGUACAGUCUCCCUGCAUUGAUUCAGGACUUGUAGAAAUUGAUAGCAGCAAUGGUCUUUGUCUGGGAAUCUCUAACACAGCUGUUCCAGAAGAGUGCAGUUUACAUGAAAGUAAAGACCCAUUAUCAUCACUCACCAACUUUAAGCAUUUGGUCUGUAAUGAUGAAUUGACCUCACUGGUGAAUGAGUCUUCAUUACCUACCCAAUUUGCUCCAGUCGUUGACACAGUUGAGAUGAGCCAGCUACAAACAAAACUUCGAAAAUCAAAAAUUAAGCGCAGAGUACCGGCAGAACAGCGAUCAGGUGCCUUCCCCAUCAGUCACAAGCACUCAGUCCCUUUAUGCAGGCCUGGCUCCUGUCCCAUGAGCAGUUUAGAAACAAGGGAAGAACUUUAUAACCCUUCAAGAAGCAGAGCCUCCUCGUUACCCUGGACACAGCUGUUUGACCUCCAGCAUCAGGACGGCUACUGGCAGUUCAGUCCAGAGUUGGGCUCCCUACUACAGAUGGAUGUGGAUUAUUUUGCGAAUGUCUUCCUCAAGGAAAAAGGCAUCCUGUCUUUAGGUGUCAAAUCAAGUGAAGAAAUAUUAAGGCUUGUUGCAACGAUGUUAGCACUGCAGCUAAUACGAUAUAUGGAGCAACUGGAAGGAAUUAUUUUCAAGUCUCUCUUUCAACUAGAUGACACGGUGCAUCAAAGAUCAGAACACUGGGGCUCGGUGAAAAAAGCAGUGGAUUGGGUAAAGGUGGCAGACUGGCGCUAUCCAUCCAUUUACUGGCGACUGGAGCUUGGAAGAGACUGGGAAUCAACCACACGCCAGCUGCUGUGUAUUGACCCAGUGAAGCAGAACUCUCCCCUGCAUCUAGUGGGCAUCACAUGUUUUAAACCUGGCUGCUUCCCAAAAGGUGGAUUCAGUUAGCCGAUUCCUGCCAAUGAAGAAGGGACAUUGUAUUAAUUCAGGACCAAGCAUUUUUCAGUGGGAUGCUCCCCCAGGACCAGGUGUUUUUUGGCUGUAGUUGACUCUCUUCCUA